AUUUAAAUUAGUUCCUUUUCGUUUCAUUAAAAUUAUAGGGCAUUAAGGUUAAUAUUUUAUCGUCUUCCAUGUACUAGAAUGCCGUGUUACAUUCUCUAAUAUUUCUGUCGGAAAUUUUCAAAAUAAAUAAAAACAAGAUGGAACGACGUAAGUUUCAACUUUCUUAAAACAUUCUUCUUUUAUUAAUGGUGAAGUUUAAUGAAACCUUGUUUCAUUACGGGCCUUUUAUAUAUACGUGUUAUAUAUUAUACUUAUUAUUUUCCUCUUUCUUUGGUUCAAUUUCAGCCUUAUUUAAUUUUGUAUAAGUUUAGUGAUACUUUCGAUCUUAACAUUUUGUAUGUGAUAUAUAUAUAUAUUCUUAGCGUACUCUUAAUUAUUUAUCUAUUUUAACAAAAUGGUAACCUGGGUUUGUUUCAGAUGUAAUUGCUCUCUGCGCGAUUCUUUAAUCUCGACUUCCUGAAGAUUUACCAUUUUCUCCACACCUAUCUAGUGCUUCCUAUUGAUAUCCAGACCAGUUGAAUCUCGGUUCGACAUGAGUUUGUGGCUGAACAGGUUGCGCAACACUCGUUUGCAAGAGCUUUUGGGAGCACCUCCACGAGUUAUUAUGGGCGAGGUGGACGAUGAGCGCCCUGCUGAUGAGAGAUCCCUUGUACUUCUAGUUGUUGAAGCUGUCGAAGUUACCGAAAACGCCGAGGAUGGUGAGGAUCGUGUCCUGGAGAUAGUUUUCGGUUCUCUGGUUGCCUUGGUGGUUGCUGGAACAAUCGUCUAUGUUAGUCUGUUGAGAUAUUUCCCUAAUCAGAUGAGACGGUUUGAAGCAUUUUCUGUGGAUGCUGCUCGUGCUGUGGUUCAGGUGGUGAAUCGCUGCCAGAGGGUUCGAAGAGAUGAAGUUGUUCCUGGUUCUCAAGCUAGAGACGAAACCGAUUCAAGUCUCUCUUCUAUGUUCUCUUGGAGUUCAAGCUCUGUAACUACAGUGACUUCAAAUAGCUCUUUGGUUCAGGUUCAUCAUCAGGAGCAAUAUGAACUUCGUGAGGUUCAUCUACUGCAGCCGGUCAUCAAUAAUGUCUACCAGGAGUCUGGUGACGACGGGCCUAAACCUGAAGUUGUAUCCAAUGAAGUUUCGGUACCGAGGGAGGGAGGACUGCGUCCGUUCAAUCCUCCGUUGGUUAGCAGUCCUAUACCGCUGGAUUCUGUUUCUGAGGCUGAUGAGGGUUCUUCUUCUGAAGACCUUUUUUCAACUCCGGUAAAUCGGAUUUUGAUCAUCUCUAAUAGCUAUCGGAGCGAGUUGGCUCAGUCCUUCCAGUCUCAAUUGGCUCAGGAUUUAUCUGUUUCUGGUGAUUAUGACAUCUCAGAUCUUUGGCCAGAAUCUGUUGAUCAGAACACAGUUGAACGGGGAGUUGCUGAAGCUGUUAAUCAGAACCAGUCUGGUGUUGAUCUUCCUGAUCUACCAGAAUCUGAGGCUGAGGUUGCUCCAGGGAUCAAUAGUGAGGUUGCUACAGGAUAUCCAGAAAGGCCUCCUCCGCUUCGCAGGAGUCUUCGUCGAUCAAUCAUGCCUGACAGGUUUCAACCUUAUUAAACCUGAAAUGCUGAUUAUUCUCUACAAAAUAUAUAUAUAUAUCUAAGAGUCUAUACCCGUAUAGAUUCCGAAGUUUUCUUAGUUUACCUAUUAUAUAUUUUCCAAUGCCAAAAUUUAUGCAUACCAAAAUUUUUCUUUUCUUUACCAAAAAUACUUUAAAUACAAAC